AUGGUUCAGUCACCACAUCCGGUGACAUAUCCGAUCGACAAUUUUGAUCUCAUUAAUAAUGCGCUCCAGAUUCUAAAUUCUGAUGAAAUAGCCGUACUUAACGCUCUGCUGGAGCUUUUGAAGAAUACUUCUUCUGAGGCCGGAACGUGUUUAGGUCCGGCCCAACAACCUAAGACCCUAGAACUGAAUGUAAAAACCCCACAACCUUCUACUUCAGGUACCUCUGGGACAGGUAGUUCCCCGCUUCGACACCACCCUGUCAGCGAAGCGUUAAUACAACCUUCUACCUCGCAGCAGCACACACCUGCUGAUGAACUAACAGGGUUGGAUACUUCCAAAGCAGACUCUCCACAGCCCUCUACCUCGCAGCAGCACUCGCCUGCUGAUGAAUUAACAGGGUCGGACACUUCCAAAGCAGACUCUCCACAGCCCUCUACCUCGCAUCAGCACAUGCCUGCCGAUGAAUUAACAGGGUCGGAUAUUUCCGAAACAGACUCUCCACAGUCCUGUACCUCACAUCAGCACAUGCCUGCUGACAAUUUAACAGGGUCGGAUACUUUAACUCCUCAGACAGGCUCCGGAGUGACUAAGCCAUCCGGGGUAAUCUCGAGUCUCGACUCUUCACAGCCAUCUACCUCGCAUACGGACAAUCCUUCCUCUCCAGACCCGUCACCCUCCACUACUAUAACGGAGCGUCCAAAAUUUAACAAUAUCUAGAUUAGACACCGUUUCAAUUUUUCUGAGGCCUACACACUCGAUUCAUUCACCGAAGUUUUUAAUCAUAUACACGAGACCCUUCAACAAAUAUUAGACAGUUUUAUGAACACUUUGGAUCCUAGGGAUCUAGUGCAGUUAGAAUUACAGGCCGAA